AUGAGUCUACCGUACAGUACACCAGAUUUGGAAGAUGGGUUUGCACCGUCAACCCCUUUUAGGAACCAAAUUUUCGACCGACCUUCAGGAUCAUCAUCAGCUUUCAAUUGGAAUCCGGACACUACUUUGCCACCACCGAAGGAUAAAGGAAAGGGAAAAGCAAGUGAAAUGCGGGAUACAACGGAGGAAGACUCAGAUGCAGGCGAACCUACACCUCAAGCACACAACUUACCUCCUCUGUCUGGAUAUGGACUUCACAACACCCAGAAUGCAGAAGAGCCAGUGUAUAAUCGACAACAACAACAACAACCAGCGAAUCAGGAACAAGCAGAUCAACAACCAAUCCCUCAACUCGACAACCUCCACUUCGUCGACGCCAUCCUCUACUCCGACCCCCGCGUCCUCGACACUGUCCAGCGGAUCGGCAACAACACUAAGGCGGAUAAGAAGGUCGCCGAGGGCGGUCAUGUGGCUUGUCGGAUGUCUCAUCGGUUGGCCAUUGGGGCCGCUGACGCUGAUGACAACAAAAUCACGUUGAUCCUCAAAGACGAUGUCGAUAUCGAGGCCGCGUUCAAAUACCUCGCCGGGACCAUCCUGAGGGACGUCCCUAAGGACUGGGAUAUCAUCUUCUUCGGCCAUACCGACUUCAGCAACAAGGCCCGAAACGGGUCAGACCCAUCGACACACAACUUCUAUAUCUACAAGUCGGUCAAGCCGCAAGCGGCCAACCCCAUCAAGCAAACCAGCCAUUCAGUAAUUUUGGUCAUGACGCCAUCUUCAUCUCCAGCAGUCAUACUGAACAUCGAAACAAAAAUGGACGUACCUACUCCGAGAGUUUCUUCAAGCUUGCUCGGCCAAUACGUCGGCCAAGUCGUCAGGAUUUCAGGAAAAGUGAUCAGCUUAUCUCCGGAGUUACUCAUAGAAUCAUCGGAUGGAGGACAAGUGACAGUAGGCGACUCAGCGGCAUGUGGGACUGAAAUCACGGAUGAAUUCAUUGAGUUGGUGGCCAAAGUGGAGACCGAGACCCGGGUGAAAACCUUGGACUGUUCCAACCUUGGCGACAAAUAUGAUCUUAAACUCGCCCAGGCCGUCGUCGAUAUCAUCCACAACCCCAACCUCAGAUGUGAAAGAGCUCCUUGCUUUUAG